AUGCAUCAAGCAAGUCAAUCUCAACUACACUUGAACAUACGCAACAUCAUUGAGUUACAUCACCACCAUCAUCAUCAACAACAGCAGCUAACCGUGUUACAAAAUUGGAAUUUCGCGAAUCGCGAGCCUAGUUGGGCCGCCUCGAACUACCGUCGAAGUCAAACAAAUGAACAAACAAAUCGUGAAAAACGAAACCAUUAUGCAAUGAUUGAGAUUUCUUAA